AUGCUCAUAGUAUUAGCAGUUGUUACCAAAGAAUCCGUGCCCUGUCUGCGUGAAGAUGGGACUAUGGGUGAAAAAAUUAUUUGCAAGAACGAGUAUGGUGAGAGAAUCAUAUGCCCGUCCAGUAAUGAAGAUGAUGAAAACAACAUGAUAGAAGUUUGGUCAUUAAAAGCAAUAAGUGAACUUAUCCAUCAAACGGAAAUGGCAACCCCACACUAUGCUGAUCUUGGCAAGAAGGCCAAUGAUGUCUUCAGCAAAGGCUACCACUUUGGUGUCUUUAAACUUGACCUGAAGACGAAGAGUGAAUCCGGUGUUGAAUUCAGCAGUGGCAUCACCUCCAACCAAGAGAGUGGCAAGGUAUUUGGCAGCCUUUCAUCAAAGUAUGCAGUGAAGGAUUAUGGUUUAACAUUCACGGAAAAAUGGAACACCGAUAACACUCUUGCUACUGACAUCACCAUUCAAGACAAAAUUGCCGCUGGUCUUAAGGUUACUCUUGAGGGCACCUUUGCACCACAGACCGGGAGCAAGACAGGCAAACUUAAGACUGCCUUUGCCAAUGAAACAGUGUCUGUUAACACUAACUUGGAUUUGGAUAUGGCUGGACCCAUUGUGGAUGUAGCCGCUGUACUGAAGUACCAAGGCUGGCUGGCUGGUGCCAACUCUCAGUUCGAUACGCAGAAAGGCAAAUUCAGCAAGAACAACUUUGCCUUUGGUUACCAAACCAAUGACUUUGCUCUGCACACCAAUGUUGACAAUGGAAAAGACUUUGGUGGUUCCAUCUACCAAAAAGUGUCCGAUAAGAUUGACUGCGGUGUAAGCAUGAAAUGGACUGCUGGUUCUGCUGAUACACUUUUUGGUGUAGGAGCCAAAUUCGCUCUGGACCAAGAUGCAUCGCUGCAUGCUAAGAUAAACAACAAAUCUCUGAUUGGGCUUGGUUACCAACAGAAGCUGCGUCCUGGUGUGACUCUGACUCUGUCGGCCGCCAUUGAUGGCCAGAACUUUAAUGCCGGUGGCCACAAAGUCGGCAUCGCGUUUGAACUUGAACCG